AAUAUAAAUUACAAAUAAAAAUACAAGUAGUUGUGUCCAUUAAGCAAUUAAUGUCUCUAGUCUUAGCCUUGACAUCAGCUUACAACCAUUUAACAAUUCUACGACCUACAUUGUAUUACGCAGGAAUAUGGACAACAAUGUUGAUCUUGACGGUGGUGGUGGCAUCUUUCUCUCCGGAGCUAGCCUUCAUGUCGGCGGUUUCUCUCUCCUCGCUGUAUUCGCAGUCGUGUGGCGGUGAUGGGUAUGUGAGGAUCCCAUUAGACAUGCCUGGUGAAAGAGUAUGUUUGCCUGCUCAUAUGUUAAAGAGGUCUGCUUUGGAUGUUUUUAUCCCUACUUUGUUCUCUGCUCUCAUUGUGGCUUCUUCUGCUUUGCUUCUUCGAUCUUUAGGCUUUUCCUAAAAUUAAAACCCAUCUUUAUAUUUUCGGUUACUUAGAGCUUGGAAAAUUGAAAUACUUGUGAUCGAAAUGGGUGUUGGAUGAGUCAUGCCAUUUUGUAAGGAAGGACAUCAUGUACCUUCAAUUUCUCAUCUAGUAUUUGCUUAACGAUUAGCAAUUAGCAUAUGAUCGAUGCAUGUAACGGUGAUGCUAACCAAAACUUUACAAUGAAUAU